UGUGUGUGUGUGUAAAGGGGAGAGAGAGACUGGCUUUUUUGCUUUCUGCUCUUUCCCUAUUCCCUCUCUCUUCAGACAAGCAGAGCAGAGCAGGACUGAGUGAGAGGAGGACAGACGUUUGCAGACCAGAGCACACCAACUCCACAAAGACGAGACAGGAGUGGAGUUUUCAAGAAGGAGGGAAGAAAGAGAACAUCUUAUUUUUUACAUGGAAAAACUGUAGUGCAUAUCAAGGUUACAUCACUAGAACUAUAGGAUUUGUGUGGAAGAUCUUUUUUUUUUUCUACUUUCCAAGUAGAUAAAAUUAUUCCAUCAGACUUGUGAGGUGUUGCAGGACUUGAGGAAGGCAAAAAGAAGGAGGAAAAUAAAUAAAGGACAAAAUCAAGUAAGAAAAAAAAAGGAACAAGAGGCUAUGAGAAUGCUGGCUGUAGGUAGCAGUUUUGGAUCAAGCAUGGGUGGGCUGGCUGGGCACUGGAUGUGGCUGCUGAUGCUCUCUGCCCUGAUGUUGGGCAAUGCAAUCGCCUGCCCAGCGCUUUGUACCUGCAGCGGCACCACAGUGGACUGCCAUGGACUGGGUCUCAAAACUAUGCCAAGGAGUAUCCCCCGCAACACUGAGAGACUGGAGCUGAACGGAAACAACCUCACACGCAUCACCAAGAGUGACUUUGCUGGCCUGAAGUACCUCAGAGUUCUACAGCUGAUGGAGAAUCAGAUUACAGUUAUCGAGCGAGGGGCUUUUGAUGACAUGAAGGAGCUGGAGCGACUGCGGCUGAACCGUAAUCAACUGCAGCAGCUUCCGGAGCUGCUGUUUCAGAAGAACCCUGGUCUGUCUCGGCUCGAUCUGAGUGAGAACUUCAUCCAAUCCAUUCCGAGAAAAGCGUUCAGAGGAGCAACGGACAUCAAAAACCUGCAACUGGAUAAAAACCACAUCAGCUGCAUUGAGGAUGGAGCCUUCAGAGCUCUCAGGGGUCUGGAAGUACUGACACUGAACAACAACAACAUUAGCAGCAUCCCCGUCUCCAGCUUCAACCACAUGCCCAAACUGCGAACUUUCCGUCUUCACUCCAACAACCUAAACUGUGAUUGUCAUCUGGCCUGGCUGUCACAGUGGCUCAGACAGAGGCCUACGAUCGGUCUUUUCACCCAGUGUGCUUCGCCUGCAGAGCUCAGAGGACUAAAUGUGGCAGAGGUCCAGAAACAUGAGUUCACCUGCUCAGGGCAUCAGGAGUCUUCCAGCCCGCAGCCAUGCAGUUCUGGUGGAGGAUCCUGCCCUGCCAUGUGCACCUGCAGUAACAACAUAGUGGACUGCAGGGGGAAAGGUCUAACUGCUAUUCCAGCCAAUCUGCCAGACAGCAUGUCAGAAAUACGUCUGGAGCAAAAUGGGAUUAAGUCUGUUCCUCCCGGAACCUUCUCUCCCUACAAGAAACUGCGCAGGAUAGACCUGAGCAAUAACCAGAUCUCAGAGAUAGCUCCUGAUGCCUUCCAGGGCCUGCGCUCUCUCAACUCCCUUGUGCUGUAUGGAAAUAAGAUCACCGACCUGCCAAAGGGUGUGUUUGAUGGCCUCUACUCUUUGCAACUGCUGCUGCUGAAUGCCAAUAAGAUUCAUUGCGUUCGUGCCAACGCCUUCCAGGAUCUGCAAAAUCUCUCCCUACUAUCGCUGUAUGACAACAAGAUCCAAACCCUUGCCAAGGGCACCUUCACAUCACUACGAGCUAUACAAACCCUACACCUGGCCCAGAACCCAUUCAUUUGUGACUGUAAUCUGAAGUGGCUGGCAGAUUACCUGCGUUCCAACCCUAUUGAGACCAGCGGUGCCCGUUGUGCCAGCCCUCGGCGCCUCGCUAACAAACGUAUCGGACAAAUCAAGAGCAAGAAAUUCCGCUGCUCUGCUAAAGAGCAGUACGUCAUCCCAGGUACAGAGGACACUCGUCUCAACAAUGCCUGCAAUACAGACCCUGUGUGUCCUCCCAAGUGUCGCUGUGAGUCUAACGUAGUGGACUGCUCCAACCUGAAACUCACCAAGAUCCCAGAGCACAUCCCUGCAUCCACAGCUGAACUCCGCCUAAACAAUAAUGAUAUCACCACUCUUGAGGCAACUGGAGUCUUUAAGAACCUUUCCCAACUGAAGAAAAUUAACCUGAGUAACAACAAGAUCACAGAGAUCGUGGAUGGGGCAUUUGAAGGUGCAUCCUCCGUCAUUGAGCUUCACCUUACAGCCAAUCAAAUCGAUUCAGUUCGCAGCGGGAUGUUCCGAGGCCUCGAGGGACUGCGCAUGCUGAUGUUGAGGAAUAACAAAAUCAGCUGUGUCCACAAUGACAGUUUCACUGGGCUUCACAAUGUCCGUUUACUGUCGCUGUAUGACAACCAUCUGACCUCCAUUACUCCUGGAGCCUUUGACACGCUGCAGACUCUCUCUACGCUUAACCUCUUGGCCAACUCUUUCAACUGUGACUGUCGUUUGGCAUGGCUGGGUGACUGGCUGAGGAGCAGAAAAAUUGUGACAGGUAACCCUCGCUGCCAGCGUCCUGCCUUCCUAAAGGAGAUCCCUCUGCAGGAUGUAGCAAUGCCUGAUUUUCGCUGUGAGGAAGGCCAAGAGGAGUCAAGCUGUGUUCCUCGACCCCAGUGUCCCAGCGAGUGUACUUGCCUUGAGACUGUAGUGCGCUGCAGUAACAAGCAUCUCCACACACUACCAAAAGGCAUCCCCAGGAAUGUCACAGAAUUGUACCUUGAUGGAAACCAGUUUAGUAUUGUUCCUAAGGAACUGUCUUCCUUCAAAUACCUGCAGCUGGUGGAUCUGAGCAACAACAAAAUCAACACGCUUUCUAACUCCUCCUUCGCUAACAUGAGCCAACUGACCACUCUAAUCCUGAGCUACAACUCCCUGCGCUGUAUACCCAAAAUGGCUUUCAGUGGACUGCACUCCCUGCGACUGCUCUCUCUGCAUGGCAAUGAAAUCUCAGAGCUUCCAGAUGGCAUCUUUAAUGAUGUGACCUCCCUCUCGCAUUUGGCAAUUGGUGCCAAUCCUUUGCACUGUGACUGCCACCUGCGCUGGCUCUCUGACUGGGUGAAGACCGGAUACAAGGAACCCGGAAUCGCUCGCUGUGCUGGCCCACAGGGGAUGGAAAGCAAACUGCUCCUUACUACGCCUGCCAAGAAAUUCGAAUGUACAGGUAAUGUGGACACCUCUGUGCUGGCCAAGUGUAACCCGUGUCUGUCCAGUCCCUGCCUGAAUCACGGCAUCUGUCACAAUGACCCAGUGGAGAUCUACAGGUGCAAUUGUCCACCUGGAUUCAAGGGCAAGAAUUGUGAGACAGCCCUGAAUGCCUGUGUGAGUAACCCAUGUGCCAAUGGAGGAACAUGCCAAGUAAAUGAAGACGAUGAAGGAGAAUACCGAUGCUCCUGUCUGCUGGGCUUUGAGGGCCCGACCUGCCAAAUCAAUGUGGACGACUGUGAAGACAAUGACUGCGAGAACGGAGCAACCUGUAUUGACGGAAUCAACAACUACACUUGUUUUUGUCCCCCCUACUACACAGGGGAGAUGUGUGAAGAACUUGAAGAUAUGUGUGCUCCAGGACGAAGCCCCUGCCAACAUCAGUCUACCUGCCUCAUCAGCACCUCUGGACCCAAGUGUGUGUGUUCUCCUGGCUAUGUUGGCGAUGACUGCAGUAUAAACUAUGAUGACUGCAGGGAGAAUCGCUGUCAGAAUGGAGCACAGUGUGUGGAUGAGCUGAAUGGAUAUUCCUGCAUCUGCCCUGAAGGAUAUAGCGGUCAGUUGUGUGAAGUUCCUCCAUCUCGUCUGUCGCUAUGUGAGCUGGCCGACUGCCAAAACAACGCCCCCUGUGUGGAGAGAGGUGGCCGUGCCCUCUGCCAAUGUCCUCCAGAGUUCGGAGGUCCACGCUGCGAAAAACUGGUCAGCGUCAACUUUGUAGAUAGAGACUCUUAUUUACUGCUAUCUGACCUGGAAAACUGGCCACAAGCUAACAUCACCCUGCAGGUUUCCACAGCUGAAGACAAUGGUAUCCUGUUGUAUAAUGGAGACAAUGAUCACAUCGCAGUGGAGCUCUUCCAAGGUCAUGUGAAAGUGAGUUAUGACCCAGGCAGCCAACCAGGACAUGCUAUAUACAGUACCGAGACCAUCAAUGAUGGUCAGUUCCACACAGUGGAGCUGGUGACCUUUGACCAGAUGGUGAACCUGUCCAUUGACGGGGGUCUUCCCACCACAAUGGACAGCUUUGGGGCUGUGCGGCCCCUCAACGGAGAGGCGCCACUAUACGUGGGGGGUAGGGGCCCUCUCCAGAACACACCUCCCUCCUCUGCAGGGAUGCCUGUGGAUGUCCACUCUGGCACUUUCCGUCUCUGGCAGAUCCAGAACGGUUCCAGCUUCCAUGGCUGCAUACAGAACCUGUAUAUCAACAAUGAGCUCCAAGACUUCACAAAGACGCAAAUGAAGCCUGGUGUGGUGCCAGGCUGUGAGCCCUGCAAGAAGCUCUACUGUGUCCAUGGCAUCUGCCAGCCUGAUGGGUUACUGGGACCAGUGUGUCACUGCCAGCCUGGGUGGAGCGGUGCACACUGCGAUCAGCCCGCUCUCAAUCCCUGCCAGGGCAGCAAAUGCGUCCAUGGAAAGUGCAUUCCUCUGGACUCACAAUCGUACCGCUGUGAGUGUGAAGAGGGUUAUCGAGGUGCACUAUGUAACCAGCAAGGAGAGCUUUUCAAUCCCUGUCAUCGCCUAUCUUGUAAACACGGUCGCUGCCAGAUCUCUGACUCCGGAGAAGCAUACUGUCACUGCGAAAGUGGCUACACAGGGGAACUCUGUGACGCAGAGUUUGAAUGUCGAGGUGAGCCGGUGAGAGACUUCUAUCAGGUACAGCGGGGUUAUGCCAUUUGUCAAACAACCCGCAUGGUAUCCUGGGUGGAGUGCACCGGAGCCUGUGACACGGGGAGCUGCUGCAUCAGCCAGAGAAUGAAACGCCGAAAAUACACCUUUGAGUGCAGCGACGGAACAUCUUUUACUGAGGAGGUGGAAAAGACCAUCAAGUGCGGCUGCGUGGGUUGCAUGUAGCAUUGUUCACUCGCACUUCCUGCCACUGCUGCAGAGCAGAAGAUGGAAAGCAUGGAUGGAAGGAAGGAAGAUAACUGCUGAAAGGUGGAAAAGAGAAAGCAAGAUCAAAAGAGAUUAUACAGAAUAUAUAUAAAACCUCUAUCUAUAUGUUAUGGACAACAAUGUUUGUAAAAUAGGACAUUUCCUCUCCAGUCUGAGGGUGUGCGACCUACAGUAAAACAGAAGCAAACAUCCUGAGCAUCAGUGUAGGAGUGACAACAGAAAUAAAACCAUUGUAUCUACAGCAUUGUUCCAAGGGGUUCAGAAAUUUUGUAGAUGUCACAUUAGGUGAGGCAUCCUUUCUACCAAAACUCUCCCUCAUAAACACCCCACCUAUUUGUGAGGUCUUAUGGCUCAGCUACCAUCUCCCAUCCUUAUCUCAUUGAGGUAAAUAGGACGAGAUGAUUUAUUUUAACUUCGGAGACAGAAGAGAAGAGCUGUCCUUGUUUGAGUCUUGAGUUAAGCUUGGUUACCUGAACAGUGUUGAAUAUGGUUUUGGAUUUAGUUGAAGUCGCCAUCCAACCUGGUGCAGCCAUUUCUCCACCAGGAAACUGGUCCAUCCUUUACAUGUUGAAGUGGAAGUAAGAGAAAAGGGACCCUAAGGUCGGAGCAGUGCAGUGUUUGAGUUCAAGACGAGGUGCUAAGAAACGUUUGCUGUAGGAUCCCAUGAGAUAGAAAUCCCCUGCAAAUAAAGACUGCAUGGACCAGCAGGCAAACACACCUCUAUGAAAUACCCUGUCACACAUGCAUGGUAAUACACACGAUCCCGACCCAGCCUGGGAGGGCGGGUGUAGUGCAGCUGUUCCCCUUUGUUCUUGCAGUAAGAGCAGCCAUGGCAGAGGCAGUGCCCGCAGCAUGUAUGGCCUCAGGGUGGGGAUGUUUAGCAUAACCCUGCUCACUCUGAGCAGGAGGGUGGCUGAUUCUGCUGAUACCUGCAGUAUUAAACCACCAAAACUGUUGCAUGUGUGGAGAGUUUGCCAAUAUGUAAAGAUUUUUUCCGUAUUAUAAUGAAGAUUAUUACAAAAGGUUUAGAGUCACAUUUUGUGUUUUUUUUCCCUUCCAUUUCUUUUUCUAUUUCUUUUAGGUAUGUUUAGUUAUAAUUUUUCUCAUGGUGUAUUCUAACUUCUUUAGUUGCCCCUGCCCACCCACCCCCCUAUAUUGUAACGCCUAACAGAUUCUAAUAUAUAUAUAAUGAAUAUAUUUGUAUUUCAUUUUUGGUAUAGUAUUUUUCUAUGUUAAAGAAUAUGUCUGUGUUAGGAAGCAUUUAGACUGGCGCAAAGGUAUUCAGUUGGUUUCCUAGUUGUUUUUAUUUGUCAUCACCUUCUUCAGCAAAGUAAUUAUUUGAACUGGCUGAAAUUCAGCAGUGGGUCGGUCUUGUAUAAAAGGCAGUAUCGGCCUAGAAAAAUUGUUAAAUAUUGUAUAUGUUGUCUUCCAUGUGAAUAUUACAUAUAAUUCAUGAAAAAAAUGCCUUUUUUUAAUUUAUUUUAAGUAUAAGUGUUGCUGGCAUUCAAAAAAAAAAGAAAAAAAAUUAAAAUUUUAUGUUCUUUGAAAGUAGCAGCAAAAAUUCCACAAAGUGUUUGUAUUUUCCCUACAUAGUGAGCCACAACAGUGUCUUUCUCCCCUGAGGCUCAAAUUUUACUACAAUUCUGUGGGAGGUCUGAGCUCUGAAUGAAAUAUCCCUCAGAUUUACUUUUUAAAAUUUCCUGCCCACAUAUUUGAUCUCCAAAAUGUUUCCAUGUUUUCAUGUGAUGGGCUGCAUUGUUAUUAUUUCAGUUUUAGAGAUGAUUGUCAUUGAAUAAGGAUGUUUUUUGCGUUUGCUCUGUAAUUAAGUAAACCGAUCAUAAGCUGCUGUCAAGCCACAAGAAAAUGGGAUGACGUUGCCUCUUUGGACACUGAUCACGUUAAGAUGGAUUGGCCUUUCAUCUUGUUUUUUUUAAGCGGCAAUUGUGAGAUGCAUUACAUGCCAACUACUGACAGAUAACAAGAAAAGCCUGGAUGUGUUCAUCAUCUGUCAGUUCGGACUGAUUAUUCUCACAAAAAAAAAGAAAAUUGCCAAUUCUAGUGGGCUGUCAUCAAACCUGAAUGUAUAAAUGUGUAUAGAUAAAUAUGAGCUAUGCUUAUUCAUGAAGUGGUAACUUUUAGCUGUUAUUUAGUUUCCAGUGUAAGAUACAGGGAAUUGCAUUUAGAAAGACUGAUGGCCAUAAGAAUGCUUUCUCUUGGACUACGUCUCUCAAUGGCUCAUUAUGGUGUAAAAGGCUACAGUAACAGAUCAUACAGGUUCCAUUUCAUAAUGCUAUCCAUGCUAACUUUGUUUUUGAUGCUGUUAACGUGAUGCCAGUGGUGUACAAUAAUAUUACAGAAAAUCUGUUGAACCAUACUGAUGAGCAGUCACUGUAACAUUUAGGCUCUGUGCCUCAUACAGGUGCAUAUUUUUAAUUAAAUGUGACUUUCUCCUCA